UUUUUUUUUUUUCCUCCGGAAUUUUUUUUUCUCCCAUGUCCCCUGGGGGGCUCCGUAGUUUAUGAAUAUGGAGGCAGUAAAAGUGCAGCAAUAAUCUACUUUAAAUAAACUUUGUUUGAAUGAAACAGCAGAGUGAGCUGAGUCUAAAGGACCGUCAGAGUUUAGUCCAUAUACCAGUACUUCCAGUAUGACUUGUUUCUCCUUCGUGUUGCUCUUCUUCCUUUUUCCAUGGUCUAUUGUUCAAACGUGCAGGUCUGAGUCAGGCAGAGAAAGUGAAACAAUCAGACAUGUGUCACUUCCUGUUGGUGGCAGUGAGGAGUUUUCUUCAGUCGUUCUGCGUGCAGCAUUGAAGGUUCUUUAACAGAGUUUGAUCAGGUUCACCGUCAGACUGAAGCUGCUCGUCUUCCUGGACUCAAGUUAAACCGUCUCUUCUUUAACUCAGCGUCUCGUCUCCUGACGAGUCUGAACACCGAAGCAGGUUUGAUCCUGUCAGAGACGUCUCUGUUAUCUGAUGAAACUCCAUUUCCCAGCAGCCCUGGUUCAGAGCGUGUCCUGGAGCUGCAGUGACCUCAGUGAACAGGACCACAGGAAGGCUGUAGAUCACUUUAUGCUCCCCACCUGCAAAAAGUAGAGACGAGACUCUGAGGCCCCCAAAGUGAAGCCACUUGGCUCCACCCAGAAUCUCUGUUCAUUAAAGUUAUGAACAGGAUCAGGGACGAAGGCUUUGUGGAGUCCAUCCACCAGAAAAACCAGGUCUGACAUUGAUGCAGACAGUGCUCUCAAACUGGUUGCACUGGGACUGAAUGGCUCGUAAUAAUGGGCCAGGCAGCCCCUCCUGAAGCACCUCCCGCAGGCUGCUCCUACUAUCACGAAACCUCACAGUCACACUGACUAUAAACUGGACGUCAGCCUCUGACUGAAGAGCAUCACUGCAUCACAUCCAGGAUCACACAGACCUACACCCUUCAGACCAUCUUUGUUUGCUGUGAAGAAGUGAACAUGGCUCAGCGAGGACUUCAGCUGGAUCAUGAGAGGUUCUGCUGUCCGGUCUGUCUGGAUCUGCUGGAGGAUCCAGCCACUCUGCCCUGUGGGCACAGUUACUGCAUGUGCUGUAUUAAGAAACACUGGGAUGAAGAGAGUGAGGGAGGAAUCCCCAGCUGUCCUCAGUGCAGACAGACCUUCAUACCCAAACUAGUCCUGGGGAAAAACACCAUGUUAGCAGACUUAGUGGAGGAGCUGAAGAAGACCGGACUCCAGGCUGCUCCUCAUCCUCAGCACUAUGCUGGACCUGGAGAUGUGGCCUGUGAUGUGUGCAGUGGGAGGAAGCUGAAAGCCUCCAGGUCCUGUCUGCAGUGUGUGGCCUCCUACUGUGAGCUCCACCUCCGGCCUCACCACGAAGCCCCCAUUUUUCACAAACACCAGCUGGUGGAGGCCUCAGCAGAGCUCCAGGAGAUCAUCUGCUCCGUUCACAGCAAAGUGAAGGAGGUGUUCUGUCGCAGCGAUCAGCAGCGCAUCUGUCUCCUCUGUGCUAUGGAUGCACACCGAGGCCACGACACAGUGUCAGCUGCAGCAGAGAGGACCGAGAGGCAGAGCGAGCUCGGGCCGAUGAGGCUCGACAUCCAGCGGAGGAUCCAGGACGCACAGAGAGACGUGGAGCUGCUUCAGCAGCAGGUGGAGGCCAUCGAUUGCUCUGCCGACGAAGCCCUGAAGGACAGUCGGACCCGGUUGAGCCAGCUGCUCCGACUGGUGGAGGAAGAAAGCUGCGAGGUGCAGCAGCAGAUCAGAUCCCAGCAGCAAACUGAAGUGAGUCGAGUCAAAGAGCUGGAGAAGAAGCUGCAGCAGGAGAUCGGUGAGCUGAGGAGGAGAGAUGUGGAGCUGGAGCAGCUCUCACGCACAGAGGAGCACAGCCAGUUUCUCCUCAGGCACUCCUCGCUGUCAGCCCUCAGUGAACCCACACGCUCAGCCAGCAUCAGUGUCCGUCCUCCCUGCUGUUUCCUGGAGGUGACGGCAGCUGUUUCUGAGCUCGCAGACAAAAUCCAAAGCAUCCUGCGUCAGGACCACACCCAGAUCUCAGCCGGGACCAGAGCAGAGUUACUCCGAGACUCCCGGCUCCUCGGUGUGGAUCCAAACACAGUGAGCGUGGGGCUGAAGAUCACAGAGGGGAACAGGAAGCUAACGUUUGUGGGUAGAAAACAGUCCUACCCUCAUCAUCGUCACAGAUUCACCGACAGCUUCCAGGCUUUGAGCACACAGAGUAUGACCGUUCGCUCUUACUGGGAGGUGAAGUGGAGCGGGGCCAUUUCAGUGGCGGUCGCAUACGGGAGCGUGAGCCGAACAGGAAGUGACAGCAGUUUUGGAGAUGACCACAAGUCCUGGGCGUUGUACUGUGACAGGAACGGUUACAAAGCGAGACAUGACGGAGUAAGCGCGUUCCUGUCGGGGCCUCCGUCCUCCGUGGUCGGAGUGCACCUGGAUCACGGUGCAGGUGUCCUGUCCUUCUACAGCGUCUGUGACACCGUCACCCUCCUCCACAGAGUCCAGACCACGUUCACGGAGCCCCUACACGCUGGACUCUGUGUGUGCUUGGGAUCCACUGCUGAGCUGCUCCAGCCCAGUCAGAGCGAGUAGCAACACCUGCUGAUGUUUGGGCGGGGCUACCUGUGAUUGUCAGGUGGUUAGCCAAUGAGUGUGUAGCAUUGUAGUUCUUAAUAAAGCAGUAAUCUGAUCUUCAGUGAAUCAGGUUUCCUCACAUGCUUUCAUGUCAGGAUGUUUCUGCUGUGUUCAUGCAUGAUGCACUUUCAUAUUUAGAGACGUGAAAACACAAGUUCCUCUCUGAGCAGAGGGUUAAUUCCACCUUAAAUUAACCCUCUGCUCCACCACGUGUGAUCUGCACAAUCAUUUGGUUUAAUGGUUGAACAGAUGUAAUGAAAUUUUAGACUUGAAAUACACUUUAAAGUCCAUCUACAGGAAUCUGAGGCUGUGCUUGAACAACAACAUCUCAAAAACCGAUGAAAUCUUGAUAUGUUCACUCGUCUUUCUUACCAUUAAGAUGAAUCAAGAUCUGUAAUUUAGGGCAGAUACAUUAAAAUAAGAUGGGUACUGGCUGUGUCUGUGAUGGUGCUCAGUUAUUCAGGUCAUGGUGAUCGAAGGAGCUCUGAAAGAAAAGCAUCUGGACUCUUUAAGUCUCUUGAAGACGUUUCAUCUGAGAAGCUUCUUCAGUUCUAAGAACAACUGGUGGAAAGUCCCAGAUUUAA